CUCUGUUUCGUUUUGAUCGCUUUGGAGGAUUGGACCUUUCUUGGAGGAUUCAAAUGAAUAGAUGAUAUGCACAGAUUGCUGCAAACUACUCAAACAUUUCCUCAAAUGCAGUUCUGAAAUGUACACACCUUUUUUCAAGCAAUGAAAGAAGAUGUUGCAGCUGCUAGCAAAAUGCUUAACAAAAACUGGGUCUUGAAACGCAAACGCCGAAAGAUUCCAUCUGGCUUGGAUUCAUCAACUGUCAAGGAAGAACACUCUGACCCCCCUGAAGCGGCAUUUAAUAAUGCUUCGUCUGAACACGGGGUGAAAGAUGAAAUUACCUCUUGCCAUUCUUCGAGCAAGAAAAGAGGAGACGACGGGUACUAUUAUGAGUGUGUUGUGUGUGAUCUUGGUGGAAAUUUAUUGUGUUGUGAGAGUUGUCCCAGAACCUAUCACAUUCAGUGUCUUGAACCACCGCUUAAGCAUAUACCAACAGGAAAAUGGGAAUGUCCGAAGUGUCAUCAGAAGAUGGAGUCCCCUGGGCCUACAAGUUAUAUAGAUUCUGAUUCAAAACGAGCCAGAACAAAGGUUACCAUUGGGGAAUCAAAAAAUGAGAAUAAACCAUCUGCAAGUACUAAACUGUCUAAAAAUAUAGGAGGUUCCGUUCUUGAUAAUCAAAGAUUUUCAAGUAAAGUAAAAUCUUCUUUGUCUCAUCGAGUAAGAAAGGAUAAGCAUUCAUCCCUAAAAAAUGUACUUUUGAAGACUAAACUUAACCAUCCUUCAGGAGAUGGUACUGCUGGGUGCAGUCCAUCAACUGUGAGCAUUGAAAACGUGCCAACAAAGAAGGCAUCUAUUGCCUCUGCUAAGGGAGUUACAUCUCUAUCAAAUGCAUUGAAUUUGAAGAAGAACGAAGAAGCUUCUAUGAGAAAGCAUCAGUUGCCAUGCUCUGAUAAAUCUCCCAGUACUCCCACAGAUGAAUGUGCCACUUUAAUGGAUUCCGCUUCACGCAAAGAAAGGAAAAGAAAACAUGGAAUCUUCGCAGAAGACGGUGGAAAGAAGCAUAGACGUGUCAAGUCCAAGGAUGUGGCCAAGUCUGAAAAAAGUAAAUCGGACACAAAAACUCUGCCACACACCAAUAAAGCUAAAAGGAAACUCAUGUCAAUUAACCGCGAACCUUCUGCAAGUAUGACAAAACAGGAUGUUAGAAAGGAUAUUGUCAAUGAGCAGCUUAAAGAAGAGGUAGUGUCUGAAGAAGCAUCCCUCCCAUCCAAUGAAUUGGGAAAAGUUACAGUUGGACCACUCACAUAUGCAGAAAUUGGUGUUGAUGUUCAACAGGUUGAUAGGGUACUGGGUUGCCGAGUUCAAGAUGUUGAUACAAGAAAAUCAUGGAGUAAUGUUGGAACGACUUUGAAUGGUCAUGCACAGUCAGAGGGUUCCCCUGUUCCUAAAGAUUCCAAUAAGCUGAAUGACAGAAAUCCCAGCUGUGUUGUAGGUUGCAAUGAGAUAGCUUCCAAUGAUGGCCCUGAUGAUUGUCCUGAUCAAGCAAGGAACACAAAAAAUGAUGUUCGAAACGAUAACACUCAAGGAUACAGAAAAUCAGUGAUCAAAGAGUUUAAAGGUGUUAAUUCCGCAAGCACAGAAGAUGAGUGCUUCGUAGAUUACCAUGUGAAUGCAGAAGAAUCUACUAAAACUAAUGAGAAAACUCCAAACAGAAGUGAUUCCUAUGCGGAGAACCAUGAUGGUAAUGAAAAUAUGGAAUGUUCUGAAGAUCUCGCCUCUAAUCUACUAGCAAGUGUGAAGGUGGUUGAUACAGUUUUGGCUGCCAGUAGCGUGAACCAAAAGAAACAGAAGGGAUCCAUCUUGGCUGACUCAUUGAAUUCUGAAGGAGAAAUAGUCUUGUAUGAAUAUCUGAUAAAAUGGGUUGGGAAAUCUAAUAUCCAUAAUACAUGGAUACCAGAGUAUGAGCUUAAAAUUAUUGCAAAACGAAAGCUGGAUAAUUAUAAGGCAAAGUAUGGGACAACAACAAUAAAUAUUUGCGAGGAGCAAUGGAAGAUUCCUCAACGAGUAAUUGCUGUCCGGUCUACUUCAAAGGGUGCAAAUGAGGUUCUUGUGAAGUGGACUGGUCUCCCAUAUGAUGAGUGCACUUGGGAAAGGAUAGACGAGCCUGUGAUCUUGAAAUCGUCCCACCUGAUUGAUCUGUUUCACAAAUUUGAAUACCAAGCUUUGGAAAGAGAUGCUACUAAGGAUGACAUAUUGAAGAAACAAAAUGAAUAUCAACAAAGUGAUAUAUCCUCUCUCACAGAGCAGCCUAAAGAACUCCAAGGAGGCUUAUUAUUUCCUCAUCAAAUGGAAGCCUUGAAUUGGUUGCGCAAGUGUUGGUUCAAGUCCAAAAAUGUUAUUCUUGCUGAUGAAAUGGGGCUUGGGAAAACAGUUUCAGCUUGUGCUUUCUUGUCCUCAGUGUACUUUGAGUUCAAAGCUAGACUGCCUUCACUUGUCUUGGUUCCUCUUUCAACACUGCCAAAUUGGAUGUCAGAGUUUUCACUGUGGGCACCUGAACUAAAUGUGGUAGAUUAUCAUGGGAGUGCCAGAGCAAGAACCAUAAUUCGUCAAUAUGAAUGGCAUGCCGGUGAUCAAAAUGGUUCAAAUAAAAAAACUUCGUACAAAUUUAACGUUCUCUUAACCACUUAUGAGAUGGUUCUUGCUGAUUUGUCCAAUCUGCGAUGUAUUCCAUGGGAAGUUCUUGUGGUGGAUGAGGGGCAUCGUCUAAAAAACUCCAGCAGCAAGCUUUUUGGCUCACUCAACACAUUUUCAUUUCAGCAUCGUGUGCUUUUAACUGGUACUCCUCUUCAGAAUAAUAUAGGAGAGAUGUAUAAUCUACUCAAUUUCUUACAGCCAACGUCCUUCUCAUCAUUGUCUUCAUUUGAGCAGAAGUUUAAUGAUCUUACCACAGCUGAAAAGGUAGAAGAAUUGAAGAAACUUGUUGCACCACACAUGCUCCGGCGGCUUAAGAAAGAUGCCAUGCAAAAUAUUCCUCCUAAAACAGAACGCAUGGUUCCUGUUGAGUUGACAUCUAUUCAAGCAGAGUACUAUCGUGCAAUGCUGACAAAAAACUAUCAAAUUUUACGCAACAUUGGAAAAGGUGUAGCACAGCAGUCGAUGCUCAAUAUUGUGAUGCAGUUGAGGAAAGUAUGCAACCAUCCUUAUCUAAUACCUGGUACUGAGCCAGAAUCUGGCUCAUUGGAAUUCCUCCAUGAAAUGCGGAUAAAGGCUUCUGCAAAGCUAACUCUUCUCCAUUCUAUGCUCAAGAUUUUGCACAAAGAAGGUCAUAGAGUCCUCAUAUUUUCACAGAUGACAAAGCUUUUGGAUAUCCUUGAGGAUUAUUUGACGAUUGAAUUUGGCCCCAAAACAUAUGAGAGAGUUGAUGGAUCUGUUGCUGUGGCUGACCGUCAAACAGCAAUUGCACGUUUUAACCAAGACAGAACUCGUUUUGUGUUCUUGUUAUCAACACGAUCCUGUGGUCUUGGAAUCAAUCUAGCUACUGCAGAUACUGUGGUCAUCUAUGAUUCAGACUUCAAUCCCCAUGCUGAUGUCCAAGCGAUGAAUCGAGCACAUAGGAUUGGACAAUCAAAUAGACUUCUAGUAUACCGGCUGGUUGUCCGUGCUAGUGUUGAAGAACGUAUAUUGCAGCUAGCUAAGAAGAAAUUGAUGCUGGAUCAGCUUUUUGUAAAUAAAUCAGGGUCACAGAAGGAGGUGGAAGAUAUCCUAAGAUGGGGAACUGAAGAACUUUUUAGUGAUUCUUCUACCAUAAUUGGAAAUGGGUUAGGUGAAAAUCUCAACAAUAAAAAUAAAACUGAUGCAGUUAUUGAAAUAGAGCAGAAACAUAGGAGGAAAACUGGUAGCCUUGGGGAUGUAUAUAAGGAUAAAUGUGCUGAAAUCUGUACCAAGAUAGUUUGGGAUGAUAAUGCCAUUUUAAAGUUGCUUGACCGAUCAAACCUCCAGUCAGAUUCACCUGAUAGCAAUGAAGCUGAAUUGGAGAUUGAUAUGCUUGGUUCAGUGAAGUCUUCUGAGUGGAAUGAAGAAGUGACCGAAGAACAGCCUGAUGAAUUGGAACUUACCGUGGUGAAUGAUGAUACAAGUGACCAGAAUUCUGAGAAGAAAGAGGAUAAUAUAGUUGGUAACAGUACAGAAGAAAAUGAAUGGGACAGACUUCUGCGGGUGAGAUGGGAGAAACACCAAAGUGAGGAGGAAGCAGUUCUUGGGCGUGGUAAACGCCAAAGGAAGGCUGUUUCCUACCGGGAGGCUUAUGCUGCACACUCAAUUGAAACUUUAAGUGAGAAUUGGGCUGAAGAAGAUCAGCAGCCGAAACCCGAGCCUGACCCCGAGCCAGAGAAGGAGUACACUCCGGCAGGAAGAGCACUGAAGACAAAAUAUACUAAGCUUCGUGCUAGACAAAAAGAAAGAUUGGCUAGAAGACAUGACAUGGGAGCUUCUGCACCAAGUGAAAGAUGUACUGGAAUUCAGUUCCUUCAGUCACAGGCUCAGGAUGGAAAUUUAACACCUUUAUCCAUUCAACAUAGUGAAAAGAAUUCGUCAGCUCUAUUCAUAGAUGCUAGUAGUUGUGGGCAGACUCCUGCCGUGCCAAAAAACAAGACUGAUUCAAACAUAAGAACUGUAAAAUUACCAAAGUGUAAGUUGAGUGAACAUCUUGGUCAACCUCUCCAUGAUUCUCAAUCAAAUCCUGGAGAGGGCAUAAGUUGUCUGAACUCAGAGGGAAACACCCCCCUUGUGAUCGGAUUAUGUGCUCCAAAUGCCUACCAAAUGGAAUCAUCACAGAAGAAAUUUACAAGAUUGAACAACCGAAAAAACAGGGUGAAUUCGGGAUCUGAGUUGCUGACAACUACUGCUGCUUGGCCCACAACAUCAGAUGAGAUGGGUACUAAAUUUCAUGAAAAUGUAUCUGGUAAAUCUAAAAUGGCAGAUACUCCACUUGAUGUCUCCCAAUCUCGGUCAAAGAUUAGCAUCUCUGAUUUGUAUCAUCCAAUUAAUUCACAUCAUCUCAUUUUCCAGCAAGGCAAAGGAUCUGCUGUUAACUUAGAGGGCUCAGCAUCUAGCUAUGCAGCUUUUCAAGAAAAAAUGGCACUGCCCAAAUUACCUUUUGACAAUCAAUUGCUACCCAGAUAUCCAUUUCCUGCUGAGAAUUUUGCUUCUCCACACCCUGGAAUUUUCCCUAGUAUGUCAUUGGGAUCAAGAGUUAUUGCAGAUGUUAAUCAACCACAACAUGAUCGCAUUAUGCAUUUGUUUCCAAAUUUCAACUUUUCUAUGCCCGACGCAUCUAGGUGUAGUCAGCAAGAACUGGAAUUGCCUCCAACACUUGGAUUAAAUCAGAUACCUACUAAGUUGCCUUCAUCAUUUCCUGAAAACCACAGGAAAGUUUCUGAAGAUAUCAUGCUAAGAACUGGAACAGGAUCAUCGGGAAAUCUAUCAAAAAAGAAAUGUAUCCAUAUUUGGUCCGAAGAAGAACUGGAUAACCUGUGGAUUGGGGUUCGUAGACAUGGACAGGGUAACUGGGAUGCCAUGCUGCAAGAUCCUAGUUUGAAAUUUUCAAAGUUCAAAACUGUGGAAGAUCUGUUGGUGAGAUGGGAAGAGGAACAAAUCAAAGUUUUGGAUAUACCAUCAUUAUUUACUGGGAAGGGACUGAAGCCACCUAAAGUUGGGAAAUCGAGCAUGUUUCCAUGCAUUCCUGAUGAAAUGAUGACAAGGGCAUUGCAUGGAAGCAAGUUUGGUGGGCCAUUGAAAUUCCAGAACCAGCUGACUGACUUGAAAUUGGGUUUCAGUGACUUGCCUCCUACCUUUUCACAUGCAGACCAUCUCAGCCAUAUUUAUCCCCUCCCAGCAUGGAAUGCUGAUAAGUACCCACCAAGUGUUUCCAGAGACUUAAGUGCAGGGCCCUCAAAUUUUCUCAUGGAGUCCCCUUUGAUGCUGAAUGCUUUGGCUACAAGUACUUUUCGACCUCUUGGUCUAAAUAGCACCGGAAACUUUCCUCAAAAAGAGGGGGGAGAAAGUGCAAGUCGUUUUGGAAAAUUAUCCAACAUUCUUGACCAAUCAUUGAAUUUCAUGCACGAUAGUAAACAUGCUGGAAAUGGCGAGUCAAGCGGGUUUUCCCUGCCUUCAGAUAAAACCAAUAAGGGAAAGCAUGUUCUCCCAUCAUCGAAGGGGAAAGAGGUGGCAAAAUGUGGUUCAAAGAUAAAGCUUCCUCACUGGCUUCAAGAAGCAGUGAAUAUUCCACCUCCCGACUGUGCUGAACCUGCAUUGCCGCCUACUUUGUCUGCAAUUUCACACUCAGUCCGCUUACUUUACGGGGAAGGAAACCCCACAAUUCCUCCCUUUUCUGUUCCUGGUCCGCUACCUUCUCAACCAUCAGAUCCCCGACUGAGCUUGAAGAAGAAGAAGAAGAAGAAGAAGAAGAAACAUAGAUUCCAUAUGCCCUCGGAAUUCCUACAGAGUUUUAAGGAAUCUAGUGAUGAUACCCCCCAAGGAGGCCUUCCCAGUGAGAAACAGGGUUCAACUUUUGCUCAUCAAGACCAACAGGCGUCUUUUGUGCUUUUAAAUUCUGUUGCUAGCACUUCAGAGCCAGGGGUUGACUUGUGUUCUCCAAGUCAGAAUAUUUCUAACCCUUCGUCCUUUCCAGCUAAGGCACCUCUGCCAAAUCUCACAACUGCUGAAUCUGUAUUUUCUCCUUCCCCCGAAGUGCUUCAGUUGAUUGGUAUGUCUGUUCUAAGUCAGAAUAUGAUGAACCCUUCCUCGCUGCCAUCUGGGCACAAUAUAACGACUAAUCCUUCAUCUGAAGUGCUUCAAUUCGUUGGUAUGCCCUCUCUAAGUCGCAGUAUUAUGAAGCCAUCUCUGCAAAACGUUACAGCUGCUUCUGAACUGUCUCCUUCAUCUGAAGUGCUCAAAUUGGUUAAGUCCUGUAUGGCUCCCAAUCCGAGGGAAAUCCAAGAAACUAAACAGAAACUGGAGAUGGUGUCUGAAUUUCUACAGGGUUUAGAGGAAUCUGGCGCUGCCUCCCAAAGGGACCUUCGUUGUGAGAGAAAUGGUUCAACUCAUCAAGAGCAAUCUUCUCUUGUGCUAUUAAAAUCUGUUGCUGGUGGUACUUCCGAGCUUGCCCCAACCGAACCCGAUUUUGGCAUGUCAUCUCCAAGUCAGAAUAUGAUGAACCCUUCAUCAUUGCCAUCUAACCCAUCUCCACGAAAUAAGAUCACUGCUGAAUUGUCCCCUUCUCCUAUUUCUCCCAAUGAUGAAGCAAAUGCGGCCUCAUCUCAGGCAGAGAAAGAUCAAAGCGAGAGAAGCAUGGCUUCUCAUUCAGAUCCUGCCCGAAGUGGGCAGCACGAUGCGGAUGUCGAUGGAGUGUCUUCAAAAGGAACUGUUUCUGUUCAUGUUGCUGCUGAACCAUAAAUUUGGGAGUUCUUAUUUUGUUUUUUGCUUUUUUUUUGGGGGGGGGGGGUGUUGUUUUCCAAUGGUACGCUGCAGGAGGUUUAAGUCGCUGAGCCUCAAUCAGACUCAUUUUUUGUAGAGAAGGAUGCAAUUGAUGUAAUGUGUAGUAGUAUAUAGUUAGACCAAUUUGUAAUGUAAAGGCUAUGUAAGAGAAAUGUAAUCAUAGGGUGAUGUUGUAAUAGUGGGGUGUUAAGAAGGGAGAACUUAAUUACUUUCUGG